AUGGACUUCACAAUAAAAGAACUUUAUGCAAUUGAAGAGAUACAGAGUGAAAAAAAUAUAUUCAAACUUCUCGUUGGUUCUCUGUGUCCUUCAAUAUUUGGACAUGAGAUGGUCAAAGCUGGUUUGGUUCUUGGACUUUUUGGUGGAACUCCACGGUUUAUAAAUGAUAAGAACCGAAUUCCUGUUCGAGGAGAUCCACAUAUUCUUAUCGUUGGAGAUCCAGGUUUGGGGAAGAGUCAGAUGUUGCAAGCUGUGAAUUCCAUUGCCCCAAGGAGUGUAUAUGUUUGUGGAAAUACUACAACUACCUCAGGAUUAACUGUUACUUUGUGUAAGGAUGGUGGUUCCAAUGACCAUUCUUUGGAGGCUGGAGCAUUGGUUUUGGCUGAUCAAGGAUGUUGUUGUAUUGAUGAAUUUGAUAAAAUGGGUACUCAGCAUCAGGCUCUGCUUGAAGCCAUGGAACAGCAGAGCAUCAGUAUUGCAAAAGCUGGGAUCGUUUGCAGCCUACCAGCCAGGGCCUCCAUUAUUGCUGCUGCAAAUCCUGUUGGAGGACACUAUACAAAAUCCAAAACAGUCUCAGAAAAUCUCAAGAUGAGUGGUGCAUUACUGUCACGAUUUGAUCUUGUGUUCAUUCUUCUGGACAAGCCAAAUGAGAUUAUGGAUAAUAUGCUUUCCGAACAUGUGAUGGCUUUACAUGCUGGCAAAAGACAAUUCUUAUCAGUGACAGUACAAAGAUCCCAGCAUGGUAUCCUUGAAAAAGAAUGUCAUCAAACCCUACAAGAACGAUUAAUGAUUAAAGAACCAAUGGACUUUAUUCCUGCUCAACUUUUCAGAAAGUAUGUUGCUUAUGCACGGAAAUAUGUUCAUCCUCGAAUUGGAAAAGAAGCUGCUCAAGUAUUGCAGAAAUUCUAUUUGGAUUUGCGUCGCCAGCAUCAAACACAAGAUUGUACCCCCAUCACAACAAGACAACUAGAAUCACUUAUUCGUCUCACAGAAGCUCGAGCAAGAGUGGAACUUCGAGAAGAAGCAUCAAAAGAAGACGCAGAAGAUGUGGUGGCCAUUAUGAAAUAUAGUAUGAAAGAAACUUAUUCCGAUGAAUUCGGUUUACUUGAUUUUCGUCGCUCGCAGCACGGCUCUGGAAUGAGUGCACGUUCAGGGCCAAAAAAAUUUAUUAGCCUCCUGCAACAAAGAGCUGAGCACACGUACAACUCACUGUUUACUGUUCAAGAAAUGAAGCAGUUAGCUCAGGAGAUCAACAUUCCUACAAUCAACUUUGAAACCUUCAUCAGUUCCCUGAACAACCAAGGUUAUUUACUCAAAAAAGGACCCAAAGUAUAUCAACUGCAAGUUGUGGAUUACUGA